UCUAGCCGGCAGAGGAGGCUGUGGCAGCAGCGUUAGGCAGUAUGGACAGCGCAGGGAAGGAGCGGGAAGCAGUCCAGCUCAUGGCAGAGGCAGAGAAGAGAGUUAAGGCAUCCCACUCCUUUCUCCGAGGGCUGUUUGGAGGAAACACAAGAAUAGAAGAGGCUUGUGAAAUGUAUACCAGAGCUGCAAAUAUGUUCAAGAUGGCUAAAAAUUGGAAUGCUGCAGGAAAUGCAUUUUGUCAGGCAGCCAAGCUCCAUAUGCAGCUUCAGAGCAAACAUGAUUCUGCCACCAGCUUUGUGGAUGCUGGGAAUGCUUACAAAAAGGCAGACCCUCAAGAGGCUAUCAACUGCUUAAAUGCAGCCAUCGACAUUUACACAGACAUGGGAAGGUUUACAAUCGCAGCCAAACACCAUAUUACCAUUGCUGAGAUUUAUGAGACUGAACUAGUAGACAUCGAGAAGGCUAUCGCACAUUAUGAACAAUCGGCUGACUAUUACAAAGGAGAAGAAUCCAAUAGUUCAGCUAACAAGUGCCUGCUAAAGGUGGCAGCAUAUGCUGCCCAGCUUGAGCAAUACCAGAAAGCCAUCGAGAUCUAUGAGCAGGUUGGGGCAAACACCAUGGAUAAUCCUCUGUUGAAAUACAGUGCAAAGGAUUACUUCUUUAAAGCUGCCCUCUGUCACUUCAUAGUCGAUGAGUUAAAUGCCAAGCUUGCUCUUGAGAAAUAUGAGGAAAUGUUUCCAGCAUUUACUGAUUCAAGGGAAUGUAAAUUGUUGAAAAAACUUCUAGAAGCUCAUGAAGAACAGAACAGUGAAGCUUACACUGAAGCAGUGAAGGAAUUUGACUCAAUAUCUCGCUUGGAUCAGUGGCUUACUACCAUGUUGCUUCGUAUCAAAAAGUCCAUCCAAGGGAAUGGAGAAGGAGAUGGAGACCUAAAGUGAAACAUUUAUAAGUCUUUGUGGCAUGCGGCUAAAUCCUCUUUAGUUCCUCUUAGGGUCAAGUGACCUUUAUGGGAUGCCCAUUUAAUGGCCCAGUUUUGUUGCACAUGAACCAAAUGAUCUAUGUGUGUGUGGUUCAAGUUUGCUGUGUUUAUGUGACUGUUAAGCAGAUGAAUAAAAGAAGCUCUUUUGCAUUAUGUGGGUGUGAUGGGCUAUUUAAUGCUUGCCAGAGUGCCCCGACUUUUCUGAGUACUACUUCAGAAUUGUAUUCUUGUUAUUUGAUAUUUGCAGAGCCCAUGUUUAAUUUUGCCAUGUAUUUUUCUGUCCUUUUUCUUGGACUUGAGUACUUAACCCAUUGCUCUAAUCAAUGCUUUGUAUUUUCUCUG